AUGGAGAGAUACAAAUUCAAACUGUGGGGACUGCCAAGGUUGGUCUCAGAUCACUGCCCUAUAGUACUCAAGGAAGAUGAGAGGGAUUGGGGCCCCACACCCUUUAAAUUUUUGAAUGCUUGGUUUCUACAUCAAAAUUUUGCAUCUUUUGUGGAGAAUGCAUGGAAGGAUCUUCAGUUUCAAGGGGAUGUGGGAUACAUUCUGCAUAGUAAAUUGAAGGCUCUUAAGAUGGCAUUAAAGCAGUGGAAUAGGGAGAUCUAUGGUAACACUGCUACUCAACUCCAAACAGUAGAAGAUCAGCUUAAUAGAUUGGACCUUAGGGCAGAAUUAAGACCUCUAGAGGAUGCUGAAAUCAAACAAAGAAGAGAGGAUACGAAUGAAAUGUGGAGAUUGAGUAGGAUGUUGGAAUGGGCUUGGUUGCAAAAGUCAAGGUUAGAUUGGAAUAUGAAAGGGGACAUGAACGCAAGGUACUUUCAUGUCAUGGCUACUAGUAGACAAAAUAGGAAUGCCCUCAAUUCCAUUGCUGUUGGAGAUAGGGUGCUUGAGGAACCAUUCCUGGUCAAGAAUGAGAAACAGUGGGAGGUGCUUAAAGAUGAUGUAAUGCUCUUUAUGGCAGAUUUCCACAAUAAGGGCAGGUUGGCCAGUGGGUUGAAUAGUUCUUUCAUUACACUUAUUCCAAAGAAAGUGAAUGCAGCUAAUCUGAAUGAUUAUAGGCCAAUCAGCCUAAUUGGGUCAGCCUAUAAAAUACUCACCAAGGUCCUAGCAAGUAGACUUAAAAAGGUAAUGCCAACUGUAAUUGGUGAAGCUCAAUUAGCUUUCUUGGGAGGAAGGAACAUACUUGAUGGAGUAUUGAUUGCGAAUGAAAUUGUGGAUGGGUGGAAAAAAAACCAAGAGAAGAGGGUUAUUGUUCAAAAUCGACUUUGA